CUAGCCUACGCAUACAUACACAGAUACACGCGCGAGCCGCACACUAUCAUAAUAUUAGCCAAAAAGCUAGCUUUUAGCCAAUUUUUGAAUUAGUGCAUAAAUAGAAACAGCCGCCAUGAUAAGCUUUCUGUUUAUUGUGAAUCGCGCACUUAGCAGUAGUGCCGGCCUCGCAAUGUCACGCGGCCCACGCCCACUCGUUCUCUGCGGUCCCUCGGGCUCAGGCAAAAGUACUCUGCUUAAACGUCUUUUUGCCGAAUUUCCAAAUACCUUUGGAUUCAGCAUAUCCCACACGACUCGACAACCGAGGGAAGGGGAGCAGGAUGGCGUGCAUUACUAUUUCGUCACUCGACCGGACAUGGAGCAAGCCAUCGGCAAUGAUGAGUUCAUCGAGACGGCCGAGUUUUCGAGCAAUUUGUACGGCACCAGCAAGCAGGCGGUGCGGGAGAUACAGAAUCAGGGACGUGUAUGCAUUCUGGACAUUGAACAGAAGGGCGUAGAGCAAAUAAAGAAAACCGAUCUCAAUCCCAUACUGAUAUUUAAUAAUCCACCGACUGUUGCUGAACUGGAGCGUCGUCUGCGGCUGCGUGGUUCCGAAACGGAGGAGACCCUACGAAAACGUCUUAAUGCGGCCGAAAUAGAGAUAUCAUACGGACUGACGCCCGGCAACUUCCACAAGGUCAUCGAGAAUGUCGACAUCGAUGUGGCCUACCGCGAAUUUCGCGAUUUUGUCGUUGGCGAGCUGAAGAAGCAGGAGGCGGACGGCGUGCGCAUAAUUUACUGAUUGGAUUGAACUUGACGGGAGCAAAAGGAUACAACAUAUUGAUAACGGCAUUUAUACUUAUGGCGUCCACGUCUCUAUCGUGCUACUUACAUUGUGCAAUUGUUGUUGUUGUAGUUUUAAGCAUAAAGUUUGUUGUUUUUGUUGUUGGCAGGAACAAGAACAAUCAUCCCCACCAACACGCCACUGCGUGACGGUCGGUAAGCAUUUGUAAACGAAUUAAAAGUGAAUCAAUCAAUAAACAAAAGGCAUUUGCCCGGCUAUAUAUGUAUGUA